ACAGAAUACAUGAGACACGAUUGCCUCAAAUUUGACCCUCAUAUUAAAAAUCAAGGACAAUUACUGUGGUCCAAAUUACUGUGGUCAGAAUGUCAUGUAGAACUUUACCUCAUGACAUUACUGCCUGUUACAGUUGUUCUGCUCAGAGAGGGCAGCAAAGUAUUGCAAAUCUAAGAUCCAACAGGACUUUGGCUCUGAAGUGUGAUACUGAGGAAGUAAUGUAUCUUAUUAAUAUACAAUAUCUGAAAGGAGAAAUUGGGAGUGCCUUGGUAUUUUGGCUUUCACUGCUGGUGGUAACAAGUUCAGCUAACACAGCUAAACAUAGUCCUCCUGCAGCCAAUGGCUUACCAGACAGAGAUGGAAGACAUGGUCCCGAAGCUGACAAAGGAGAACCAGGAGAAGAAUUGAGAGGUCUGCAGGGUGUUCCUGGAAAAAGUGGAACUCCAGGAAUAAAAGAUUUAGGACCACAAGGAGAGAAAAUGGAAAAAUCAACUGGAAAAGAAGAUACUUUUGUAAAUGGAAAAUCCUGCUGUACAAAAGCUGGAAAUGCACUUGCCUCUCCUAGGAACAAUGCUAAAAAAGCUUUAGAACACUUAAUAACACCUUGGAAGCAGGCUUAUAUCUCCAGUGAACAGACUGAAGGCAGGUUUCUGUGUCUGAGUGGAGGGGCUGUAACUUACAGUAACCGGAAUGUUGAAGAACCAGAUAAUCUAAAAAAUGAAGACUGUGCAGUAAUACAGGACUCUAGAAAAUGGAGUAACAUUAAUUGCUCAAAUUCGCAUGCCUUAACUAUUUGUGAAUUCUUGAGCUGAUGAAUCUAAGAAAACCCAAAGUUUUUGCUCUCAGUUAUGUGGCUGAUAUGGAGCUUAAGCAGCUACAUGCAUGCAGAGAAGCAAGAUAAAGAGGGAUAACAAGAGGAAAAGAGAAAGGCAAGAGGAAGUAAGUGAUGCAUUUUUUAAAAUCUCUUUACCUUUUAUUAUAGAGAGCUACAGCUAAACUGGAAAAAAGGGGGUUAUUAAUGGUACUUCCUAAGCCUGCUAAGUAGGUAUUUUAUUCGUGCAUCAAAAACUAGUAGAACAAAUAUAAUCUUGAAGCCUCAGAUUGCCCUCUAGGUGCUGUGAUUUUCUAGUACCUGGUAUUCAGCUUAAAGCUGCAAUUGCCAGCAUCUGGAGAAUCUCGGCUUUCAUUUUCAAGAUUAAAGAGAAUUUCUAGCUUUCAUAAUGAAUGGUGAAAAAAGGUUAAAAGUCUUUCAAUUGGAAAGUUCUACAAACAAAGUGAAAAUGUUUGUUUCCUUUUAAUUUCAUGUUUUAAAGUCUAUCUUAAAGCAGAAUACUUCAAGUACAUUUAAGAAAUGGGGAUUAAGUGUUGUGAACAGUAUGUCAGGACUCUCUAUGGCAAGAAAAGCUGCAAGCUCACAGCACA